AUGUCCACUACUCUCUCUCUCUCUCUCUCUCUCUCUCUCUCUCUCUCUCUAUGUGAUUUCGGCAUUUUUCUCUCCAAAGUAAGAAGCUUUUUUGUUCUUUGAGCUCUAUUGUUUUUGCAGAACCCCGACUUUCUCCGUCUUCUCUUUCCAAACAAGCUUUGUUCUUUUGAGCUCUUGGGAGCUCUGUUUCAUUAGGGAUCACACGUAGUUUUCUUGCAUCUUCUGCUUAGCAAGACUUUUUAGACUAAUGGGUGCUUCAGGGAAAUGGGUAAAGUCGCUCAUAGGUCUCAGAAAGCCCGAGAAAGAAGACCAUGAGAGGAUGGGGGGUAAGAGCAAGAAAUGGAAGCUAUGGAGGAGUUCUUCUGGGGACUUGGGGUCCUCGUGGAAGGGUUUCAAAGGGAACCACAGAGCAGCUUCUGAGGGGUCUGAUUCUCCCCCAGUGGCUGAUGCUUUUACGGCUGCAGUGGCUACAGUUGUUCGUGCUCCUCCUAAGGAUUUUAGGGCUGUGAGGCAAGAAUGGGCAUCUAUCCGGAUCCAGACUGCUUUUCGUGGCUUCUUGGCAAGAAGGGCUCUGAGGGCUUUGAAAGCUGUGGUGAGGAUUCAAGCUCUAGUUCGGGGUAGACAGGUGAGGAAGCAAGCCACUGUGACACUGAGGUGCAUGCAGGCUCUUGUUCGAGUUCAGGCUCGAGUUAGGGCUCAUCGUGUCCGAAUGUCCAUAGAGGGGCAGGCUGUACAGGAGAUGCUCAAGGAGCGCCGCACCAAGGCUGAUCUCCUCAAACAAGCUGAGGAAGGGUGGUGUGAUAGCAAAGGAACAUUGGAAGAUGUUAAGGCAAAGUUACAAUUGAGGCAAAAAGGUGCAAUCAGGAGGGAGAGAGCACUUGCAUACUCUCUUGGUCAGAAGGAAUGGAGAUCAUUCCCCAAUUCAAAUACCCGUACAAAUUCUUCCUCCUGCUUUCUAAAGGAUAAUGAGAUUGACAAGAACAGCUGGGGAUGGAGUUGGUUAGAACGUUGGAUGUCAGCCAAGCCAUGGGAAACCAGAUUGAUGGAACAAUCGCAAACUGACCCCUCCGUGACAACUCCACCUCCAAAGGGUUGUGUAGAUUCCCUCUUGGGCACGCAUUCAAAAUCUUCCGAACCAUGUGCUGUGAAAGUCAGAAAGAAUAAUGUCACCACCAGGAUUUCCGCAAAACCUCCUCAUAUUGGGCAAGUUACUCGUUCAUCUUCAAGCCCGAGUUCUGAAUUUCGUUACGAUGAGAGCUCUGCAUCAUCUUCAAUCUGCACAUCAACAACACCAGUUUCUGGCAACACUGGAUUGGCUUCGGACAGAACUGAAGAUAGUAGUUACAGUAAACCUAAUUACAUGACCCUGACUAAGUCAACCAAGGCAAAGAGGAAAACAAGUAGUAAUUUAUCUGAGAGAGUUCAUAGGCAGCCCAUGGAUGAGUUCCAAUUUGUCAAAAGGGCAGCACCUUUCCCUAAUGUGGAUUCCAAAAGCACAUCUGGUUCUGAUCUUUCUUCAGUCAACUUUUCCAAGCCACUUUACCUUCCAACUCGAUUGGAUAAGCACUCAUUGAGAUUAAGGUGACAUACUUGCAUGGAUAGAGGGAUUAUCUCUGUUUCCUCAACAGCUUGUUGUUCCCUAUCCCCUUUAUUUGAGAAUGUGUAUUCAUGUAAGUGGUUCCUGCUGUAACUGAGCUGUACUAAAACAUCCCCAACGAGUCAUUGAGGUUUGAUUUUAAGGGCGCUGGAUUUGUAAAAUA